AAAAAUCGAUAUAUUUACGUGUAGCUAACUUCAGAUUAAUUGUUUCGCAGCUACCUUCAAGCAACUAAUAUAUCGAACUUUAUUCGAACUUAUAUGCGAAAGAGAUAAAAAUUUUAGCAAAUGACGUCAAUUAUUUGAUAAAGGGAAGAAUUAUGGAUUUAAACCUACAUUUACCUACUUCUAAAAAAGAACUAGAAGAGUUAAUGGAAAAGGCGAAGGAUUGGGCACUCAUGCAUGGGAUGUGUAUGAAAUCAAAACAAAACUUUAAUAAAAACGUUUUGCAAUUUGCACCAUUUAUCCUGGUACCUUCUCCAUUUCCUAGAAAAGAAUUUGAAAAUGCUUGUACAAUGCAAACAACAUUAAACAUAUUAAUACAUAGAGUUGCUCAGGAUUACAACUUUUUGAAAGAAACUUUAGAAGAAACAAUAAAGGUUGACAAUUUUACUAAAGAAUUAUUUGACAUUUGCACAACUGUUCAUAAGGAAGGAGGGUCAGCACAAAAAAUAUCUCUUUGUGUACUACGUUCAGAUUUAAUGUUGGAUACAACUUGUCCAAAAGAGGAUAUGAACAAAAAAUGUAUUCCAUACUGUUGUUGGAAACAAGUUGAGAUAAAUACAAUUGCUUCUGGGUUUGGAUGGUUAGGUCCCGUAUCAACAGAAUUACAUAAAUUUGUAUUAGAGGAACUUGGUUGUUAUGAAAAAAUAAAAAAUCUUCCUGAGAACAAUGCAUUACAAAUUAUAUGUUCAAGCAUGAUUGAAGCAUGGAAGAUGUAUGGAAAUCAAGAAGCAGUAAUUUUAUUUGUUGUUGAAGACAUUACAUAUAAUAUAUGCGAUCAACGUUUUCAUGAAUUUGAAAUUAGGAAACAGAAUCCAAAUGUUAAAGUUAUCCGCAGAAAUUUAACACAAUUAGCAGCAUCUGCUAAAUUGGGUCUUAAAAAGGAAUUGAUAGUAGAUGAUUAUAUUGUGUCAGUAGUGUAUUACAGAUGUGGUUAUGAACCCGGACAAUAUCAUACACGAAAAGAAUGGGAUGUAAGAUUAUUAAUAGAAAGAUCUUUAGCAAUUAAAUGUCCUACUAUUCAGUAUCAUUUAGCUGGAACUAAAAAGGUUCAACAGGCUCUUGCAAAGCCAGGUGUUAUUAACAAAUUUCUAGAAAAUGAAAAGAUAUGUGCAGAAAUUAAAGAAAUAUUCACUGCUUUACCAGAUGUCAUACAUGCAGUGGCAAAGUAUCAAGUAGAACAUGAACCGAGAGAAAUCUUUUUUUUUCGAGAAGGUACUGUAGUGAUGUGGAAUAUUUCUGAUCUUGAAAGUGAGAAUAUUUUAAACUUUUUAAAACAAUAUGAAGAGAAUUGUUAUAUGGCAACUAUUGUACAAUCUGAAAGUGAAAUGAUGUGUUACAGCUAUGCUGAUAAUGGAAAACAAAGUCGUAUAAAAGAUGGUAAUAUAGUGUUAGGUUCAAAUGCAACAAAUUUAGAUAAAUUCACAUUUUCAAAUGCAAUGGCUCAGUCAGUGAAAUUAGGUAUAUGGGAAGCAUCUUUAGACAUUUACAUAAAUUCUAUAGAAUUUGUUACUGAAGAUUUAAAAGCUGGUAGGAAGUUGCAAUUAACUCGGCAGGAAGUAUUAAAAAAACAAGGAGAAUUAUUUGCUUUGAGACACUUGAUCAAUUUAAGUUCAGACUUGUUAGAUGUACCUGAUUUCUAUUGGGAGAGAGAUGAUCUGGAACAGCUUUAUCAACAAAUUUGUUCAUAUUUUAAUAUUGCAAAACGUACAAGAGUAAUAAAUGAAAAAUUAAAUCAUUGCGUAGAACUUGUGAGUAUUUUAUCGGCGCAUUUAAGCGAUCGUCAUCAUAUUCGGCUAGAGUGGAUGAUUAUUGUUCUUAUCAUGGUUGAAGUUGUUUUUGAAACAUUACAUUAUAUGGAUAGAUAUUUUUCAUAGUGUACAUUUAAAAUAGUAUGUAACAUAAUGAUAAACUAAAGGUAUGUGACAAUAAUUUGUACAUUAUAAUUAAAAACUGCAAAUCUUAGGUUUUUUAUUUUUGAUAUUUUUUAUUUGUUCAUUAGUUAAUUCUCGUUGAUGUUUUCAAAUAAAUUGUUAUGUAAGUUAGACUAAAUUAUUCUGUUAAUGCUGCAAAUUAGUACAUUUUCAUAUCAAAUAUGACAUUAAUGGAUUAAUUAAUUCUGAUCUUCAACAUUUAUAAAAAAUUUAAACGACAUUAGCGACUGCGAAAUGCAACACGUCAAUAGUUGCAAUGUAGUACAAGGACACUCGCUUACCGCAAGACGUUAUUUCCGCUUAUAUUUGCGCUUAUUGACAUAUAAUUAAAACGAGCUUCAAGAAUUUAUGCAAAUUGUUUAUCAUUAUGACAAUUAAUAUCUUUCUUUCAUUUGUAUCAAAAUUUUGUUAAUAAAAAGUUCCAAAACUUUA